AUGACAGUUGACAAGUGACGUUGUCUACGUCACGGUCACGUCACAACGUUGAAGUGAAAGGGUGAAGUGAGUGAAGUAUUCGCUAUUCGGCAAUAAACAACUAUCAGCUGAGUAAGCUGGGGCCAGAGUCCAAUUUAUUCUAAGAAACAACAAUGAUUCGGAAGGCCGGCUGUGCAGUGCAGACUUUAUGUGGCAACAAGGCAUUUACUCUUGAGACGUAUGCCUCCUCCUUGCAUGUUAGCUGUUGCUACUCCUCAGCUAAGGCCCCUCAGGCCCAGAAUCUUCCACACCUGCCUGUGCCUAAACUCGGUGACACUCUCACCAAGUAUCUGAAGUCUGUAAGACCCCACCUCAAUGAUGAGGAGUUUGCCGUCACUUCCACUCUGGUCAAAGACUUUGGAGCCGCCGGCGGCAUUGGACAAAAAUUACAGUCAUUACUGGAGAAGCGUGCCGAGCAGCACACGAACUGGCUGGCCGACUGGUGGCUGUCGAGCGCGUACCUCGAGUAUCGCGACCCGGUGGUGGUCUACUCCAGCCCGGGGCUCGUGUUCCCCUUCCGGACGUUCCAAUCAGAGCAGGACCAGCUCAACUACGCGGCUAAAACUGUCAUGGCCGCUCUAGACUAUAAGGCACUGAUUGAUGACAAUGCGAUUCCCGUUGAAAUGAUGGGCAAAAGUCCGUUGGACAUGUCACAGUAUAAGAAAAUAUUUGGAACCUGCCGGAUACCAGGAGAAAAGAAAGACAGAUUAUCCUUUAACGAUAGCAAGCACAUUACUGUUUUACACAACAACCAUAUAUUUCACGUAGAUCUGUGGGGUGAAGACGGAAAAAGACUGAAUGAAAAACAAAUUGCGGAACAACUAAAAAAAGUUAAAGACGCGUCUAAAACUCCAGCUGAGAAUCCCGUCGGAAUCUUAACUUCUGAGAACCGAAACGCCUGGGGAAGAGCUUACGAAAUUAUGAAAAAAGACAGCCUGAACGCGUCCUCACUAGCGGACGUGGAGCGCAGCCUGGCGGUACUCUGCCUGGACGCGGCGGCGGGGCUGCGGGGCGCGGGGGGCAAGGACCGCCAGCAGAACAUUGCCGCCGCGCAGACGAUACACGGUGGCGGCUCGCGUGCUAAUGGCGGCAACCGCUGGUUCGACAAGACUAUACAGUUCAUAGUGGGCGCGGACGGCGUGACGGGGCUCACGUACGAGCACUCGCCGGCGGAGGGGCAGCCCAUCGCCGUCAUGACCGACUUCAUCAUCGACUACAUCGACAAGAACAAAUCUAGCGAUCAAGCUGCGUCAUCAAGUCCGCUGCAGCCGGUGGCGUUGAAGUUCAACGUCAACGACGACGUCAAGGCCAGCAUAAACACCGCUAAGGACAACCUCGACAGGCUGGUGGCGGACCUGGAGCUGAACUGCUUCACGUUCGACAAGUACGGCAAGAGCUUCAUCAAGUCGCAGAAGAUGAGCCCCGACAGCUACCUGCAGAUGGCCAUGCAGUACGCCUUCUACAGACUGCACAAAACACCGGGCGCGCACUACGAGUCGGCAGCCACACGCAUGUUCGCGGGCGGCCGCACGGAGACCAUCCGCUCCUGCUCCGUGGAGUCGGUGGAGUUCGCGCGCGCCAUGCUCGGCCCCGCGCCGCCGAAGGAAAAGGUGGUGGCUAUGCAGAGGGCUGUUAAUGCGCAUAAGAACUAUACUGUGCAGGCUCUCCAAGGGCUGGGCGUGGACCGGCACCUCCUGGGGCUGAAGCUAGUCGCCAUUGAGAACGGCAUCGACCUGCCCAAGCUGUACCUCGACGCCGGAUACGUCAAGAGCGCACACAUGAGAUUGUCUACUAGUCAGGUGGCGUGUCGGUGCGACGGGUUCAUGUGCUACGGGCCGCUCGUGGCGGACGGGUACGCGACGUGCUACAACCCGCGCGAGCGCGACGUCAACUUCGCCACGUCGGCCUUCAACUCGCACCCCGCCACCUCCUGCCAGAGCUACCGCGCUGCUCUAGAAGACUCACUCAAGGACAUGCAUGAUGUGCUGCUAAAGGCCACGCCCUCCAAAUUGUAGGGAAACAAACGAACGAUACGACUGAAGAGCGCGGGUGUGCUGCUGCAAGCCACGCCCUCCAAACUGUAGAGAAAGAAUAAGAUACGACUGAGGUGAAGAGCGCGGGAAGGAGUUAAUGUUAAAGUACUGAUAUGCUGCUGUAAGCCACGCCCCCCCAAAAUGUAGUUGCAGGAAGUAAACGAACGAUACGACUGAGGAGCGCGGGAAGGAGUCAAUUCUAAUGUACUGAUAGACUUGAGCAGUCAGUUGUAAUAGGCAUUGUUGCGAGUGUUAGAUUAUUGAAAAGCGUUUAAGCGAUCACUGCGAAUGGUAUAUAUUCUACAGAGUGCUCUGAUCUAGUUAUCAGUUACCUUUGAAAAUAUGUUUUAUUAAUUAUGUAUUAUUGUUACUAUUGUAACUGUAUUUUAACUCUGGUAUUAAUAGCAAUAAAAUAAGUCUUCGCUCUCUUCCUGCCAAUCUAAUUGAACUGUUGAAAUUAUUCUAAUUGUAAGUAUGUAUAAAAGUUUCGUUUUUAAGAUAAUAAAUGUAUUUUGUAUA